AUGGCGGACCCCCUAAGUGUAGCAGCGAGUUUAAUAGCAAUCGCGCAGGUCAGUGGUAGUAUCAUCUCCCUCUGUUAUGACUAUCGUCGCGGGUUCCAGGGAGCGCAGAAAGAGGUCCUGCAGAUCUUUCGGGAAACACAGUCCCUGCGUAAUGUCAUUGAGCAACUUAUCCAUUUGGUCGACGACAACAACGAUGCCGGGAGCGAGGUAAAUCUGCCUUCCUUGAAGAAUAUGAGCGUCAACGACGGGCCAAUCUCUGAAUUCCAAAGCGACCUUCGGAAACUCGAGGAUCGGCUGCGCAAACCAGUCACCAAGUGGAAGCGGCUAGGUGAACAGUUACUCUGGCCACUGCGAGAACGCGAUGUCAAGGAGGCGCUUGGGAGCAUACACCGCAUGAAGGGCAUUAUAGAAUUUGGUCUUGUCGCGGAUUCUACGGCGGCCAUUGUGGAGAUCCAAAGGAACACGAGAGAGCUGAAGGACAGGAUACUUGACUAUCGGCGCUCGAAUUUCCACAUAUCCGAACAGGAACACCUGCAGGUGAUGCUGGAGUGGCUAGGAUCCCCCGAUCCUUCCGUCCGGCACAACGACGUCUGCAAGAAGCGAGCGAAGGAUAGUGGGCUUUGGCUCCUUGAUGGAAGCGAGUACGGAGUAUGGCACAAGGCCCCCACGGCAUCUUUUUGGCUCCAUGGGAUACCGGGGUGUGGGAAGAGCGUCCUCAGCUCAGUUGUCAUAGAGCACAUCAAGUCCCACAAUAUCCGAAAUCACGACGUGGCGUUAGCAUACUUCUACUUUGAUUUCAGCAAUGAGAGUACUUGCAAAUCGGAAGUCAUGCUUCGCUCACUAGUGUCGCAACUUUCGAUGUGGCGAGGAAAACCGCCCAAAGCACUAUCACGUUGCGCUCGAAAACAUUUCAGGACCACGUCUCACUGUGGCGAUGGCGAUGAGUUGGCGGUUUAUCGAGAUGGGAUUUCUCAGCCUACGACACAGGACCUUGUUGAGAUCUUGCGAGGUAUUGCGGAAGAGUAUGAUGAUACUUAUCUUGUGGUAGAUGGGCUCGACGAGUGUCUAGAUCAAGGAGAGUUACUUGAAAUCCUUAAUGACAUCCUAUCCUUCCAAGAAGAUGGCUUGCGCAUAUUUCUGGCAAGUAGACGUAGUGGAGAUAUUGGCGCAGUUCUUGACUCGAAGGUUACAUAUACCGUUGAAGCUAGAAGUGAAGACGUGGGCGGUGAUAUUUACAGUUUCGUCCAAGAGCAAUUGAAAACCCACCCUAAGCUCUCCAAAUGGCCCGCCAGUCUACGAAUGGAAAUACAAGAUUCUCUUAUCAGUGGCGCCGGUGGUAUGUUCCGAUGGGUCCAUUGCCAGCUCGGAAUACUUGGAAAGUGCAUUACAAUCAAAAACAUAAGAAAAGCACUCAAAGCGCUACCGAAAUCGCUCUCAGAGACCUACGCAUUAACUAUCGACGGUAUUGAUGAGGAUCACUGGGAGUAUGCCGUUAAGAUUCUAAUGUGGCUUGCUAUCUCUCCAAAGCCUCUCGAGAUCGGCGAAGCUGCGGAAGUCCUCGCCGUUGACUUAGAAGCCGAGGGUGGACCAGUCUAUGACGAGGAUCUGCGGGUUCUAGAUCCAACCAUAGAGAUUCCGGCAAUGUGCACAUCACUUGUCGCGACAACUACAACUUGCUUACGGAGUCGUAAUGGUACCCUUGAAAAGGGUAUUGAACUCCGUUUAGCACACUACACUGUGAGGGAAUAUCUGCUAUCAGAAGAAUUCUUCUUGCGGAUGCGCCAUACGACUCUGUUUGUAAACAAGCCCCAGGUGCACGCUUUCGUAGCUAGAACCUCAUUGGCAUAUAUCCUAAGCAUACAGGAGGCCCUCACUGAAGAGCUACAAAAAGAUCGUCCGCUAUCGAGGCACGCUGCAGAAGUAUGGCUGUAUCAUUACCAAGAGGCGUCAAAGGAGACGAGCCUAGAACUCCUUGUUUUGCAGCUUCUCCGAGACAAUGGACAGACUGAACCAUACAGGAACUGGUGUAAGUUAUUUGACCCGAGCAAACCAUGGAGACAGCCCGAUCUCCAGCGCAAGACGUGUCCAUCCCCGCUAUACUAUGCGAGUUCGGAGGGCCUUGAGCCCCUCGUUUUAGCACUUCUAAAAGCCGGUGCAGACUGUAACGCGGUGGGGGAAAUUCACAAAACCGGCCUCCAGGCAGCAGCAUGCAACGGUCAUAUUGGUAUCGUCCGUGCUUUGCUUAAGGCAGGAGCAGAUGUGAAUGGUGGCGGUGGGCUCUAUCGUGUCCCUAUCAUCGCUGCAUCGGCCUCAGGACAUGCUGAAAUUGUGGAGGUAUUACUCGAACAUGGCGCACAUGCAAAUUAUUCGUUCCCUGUCACGGCGUUAACUGAAGCUUCUCGACGGAAUUAUGUUGAAGUUGUGCGAGUGCUAAUUAAUGGCGGCGCUAGUCCUAACCAAUACUCCUUUAAGUUAUUUGAUGUGAAUCCGAUCGAAGCGGCUUCAUCGCGAGGCUACAAAGACUGCGUGGCCUUGAUGUUGCCGAAAGCAAGUCGGAUGACUGCGCGAGGUGGGUUAGAAGUAGCUAGCAGAGCAACAACAGACCGUGAUAUGCUGAAGAUAUUCGUCGAGUUCAUUCCCGACGAUGUUUUAAAUUACGCCGCCGCUCUUGGUUACAAGGAUCUCGUUGAAGACUUGCUUGAUACAGGUGCUAAGUCGGAAACAAAGACCACAAUUAGAAGAUCCUGGGGGCCGGAAGAUUUGUCACAGUCUGCCCUAGUUCAGGCUUGUGCAAAUGGACACCUUGGGAUAGCAAAACAGUUGAUUGAUAAAGGCGCUGAUAUCAAUGCAAAGGCUGGGGAGGGCAAAGGCUGGGGAGGGAGUUCUGUUGCGCUGACAAUGGCCACGAGGGCAUGCAACCCUGAAAUGGUAAAGCUGCUCCUUACCCACGGUGCUAAUGUGAAUGCGGGUGGUGACGACGGACCAGCAUUGCAAAUUGCGGCCUACGAAGGAUAUAAAGAUAUUGUCCAGAUUCUCAUCGAUCAUGGUGCUUCGCUAGAGGACAGCACUGGCAUUUAUGGCGGCCCUGUGCAAGCAGCAGUGCUUGGCGACCACAUCGACAUAUUGAAAAUCGUUCUCGCUGCCGGAACGAAUGUCAACAUGAUGGCUGGAUUAUCAACAGAAUAUAUAAGCGAUGUGGCCCUCUCUGGCAGCCCAAUUCAAGCCGCCGUGUUUUGCUCAAAUAUUCCCAUGGCCAACUUCCUUUUAGGACACGGUGCAGACCCCAAUCUGUGGAGGAACGUAAACGGCCGGAAAGGGAUGAUGGCUCCGCUCUCGAUGGCUGCUAAGAACGGCAACCUAGACUUAGUGAACCGACUGCUAGACGCUGGUGCUGACGUAAAGGCCCUAGAAGAAGGCUUAGAUUCAGGGCCAGCGUUGUUCUGGGCCGUGAGAGGGGGGUUUCUGAUGGUGGUAAAUCGACUAUUAGAUGCAGGUGCAGAUCCCAACGCUCCAUGUCACACAAUUGUGGGAGGGGAUGCUACGAUUCUUGCAGAGGCUUGCUCGGGACAGGAUGCAUCAGUAGUCGAGUCGAUGCUGAAGGCUGGCGCGGAUGUACGAAAGUAUAGCGACUUCCGCGAGAACAACGAACCGCCUAUCCAUACCGCCGCCCGUUGCGGCAGCGUCGACGUGAUCCGUCUCCUUGAGAAGUACGGUGCAGACGUCAAUGAGCAGUGUGAAGGAGGUGAGACAGCAUUGCACAAGGCGGCCAAGGGCGGCAGACGAGAUAUCGUAGAAGUACUUUUACUAGAGCUUAAAGCGGACCCUUUAUUGUCGUUUUUAAACGGCAGCUUGCCAAUUCACACUGCAGCUAGCUGGAACAGCCCAGAGUGCUUGGAGCUACUAGUCAAAGUCUCUGAUAUAAACGCACGAAAUAAGGCCGGGAGGACGCCUUUGCACUGGGCCGCUGAUCAUGCAGCUACAAAGGCCGUGGAAUGGCUACUUAAGAAUGCUGCGGAUGAUAGUAUAGAAGAGUUCGGGACUAACAUGACUGCGCGGGAUUAUGCAGAGUUGAGGAUGCAGGAGGCUGAUUCUGGGAACAACGCGGAGUACGCUGAGGUGCUUGAAAUGUUUGAUCGGCAUUUGAAGGUCAAGUACGCUAUUAGACCAAGUACGCCAUGA